AUGGACCCGGUGGAGGCCGCAAAGGUGGCCUGCAACUUCGGGCAGCGGCCGGAGUGGGGCGCGGCGCACGGCAUCUCCCGGCGGCUGCCCGACAAGCUCAAGCAGCUGGUGGAGGCCUGCUGGGCCGCGGACUACGAGUCCCGGCCCGAGUUCAUCCAGAUCAUCGCCACACUCGAGGAGGUGCUCAGGGACCUGCCGCAGGACCCGCCCGGCGGCGGCGCCGCGCCCGGCUGCAGCUGCGCCAUCAUGUGA